AUGCGCUCAGUCCCGGACUUCCCACAAAAUCUGUUAGAUAGAGUCAACGCGGCCGAGCACAGACCCUCACCCGAUUCCAACGUCAAAUACGUCUUUCACGUCAUCAACAGUGCCGCCGAAGAUCUAUCCAUGUUUGAGGAGGUAGACUCAGAAGACGAGGAGGAGGAGUCUGAGGAUGGUGAUAGCCAAAGGCAGCACGUAUUUGACACCCUCGAGGAAGCCAACAAGGCUGCUCUGGCUCUUUUCAGGAACGAGUAUGAGGACUUCUUUGAUCAAGAAGAGGAUAUGUCCAACUGGUACGAAGAGGGUACAAGCGAGAUUAUGAUGAAUGACGUGAUAUGGCAAGUUGUCGACGGGAUGCUUUCGUUGCAAGCUCACGACGCCGAGGAGGGGAUUGCAGGUGAGAUUUACGUCUCUGCCUCGAGAAUCUAA